GUCUCCACUCGGCCUCUGUUGGAUGAAUUACUAACACAUUUUGGUUUAGUGUUUUUACUCAUUGCAAAAAUGUCUUUUAUGAAGCUUCUUGUUCCACACAGUGUGUUAUCACGGAGUGUUUGCCCUAUGUUCACCCGGACAGGUUACCUAUCAGUGCUCGGCCAAGCUUCCUUUCUCCACACACAAACUCCUCAGUUUAACUCCAACAGGACGUCAGUGGUUCGCUGUGGCCGACAGAGAUAUGAGAGACUGUACCCUGUGAUGCUGGUCCGGCCUGAUGGAUCCACAUUUAACAUCAGAUACAAAGAACCCCGACGUAUCCUUAUGAUGCCAGUCGAUCUGUCUUCUCUGUCUGAAGAGGAGCGUCGAGCUCGACAGAAAAAGAGAGAAGUGAAGAAGACAACACAACAGACAGCAGUUCACUAUGAAGACGACUUUAAAGCUGACAAGUACAGCCACUUCUGGAAGAAGAAAUAACUUCCUUAUUUGUGAAAGCACAACGAAGGCAGCAUCCCUACCAGGAGUAGGACUCUCCAAUUGAAGUUUCCAGUUGUCUAUAUGCAUACACCAUGUUUAAACUGGAUUGUUUUCAUGUCAAGAAUGAUUAUUCCAAAAGAUCCAAUCAUGGGACACUGAAACCCAGACUGAGGGCAUAUUUAUUGCUGCAAUAAUAUUUAGUUAAUCAUUGGAUUUAAAACUGUAUCUGUGUCGUGUAUUUUCAUAAAAUACAAAUUUGCUGUUAGAUGCUGUACAAAUUCUGCUGUUGAAAAUUGUUGAUGGCCUUGUUGGGCUGUGUACAUGCCCUGGAAGAGCCAGCUAAGAAGACUUAGGUUAUAUACUGUACUUGCUGCAGAAAGCAGCAGCUUUUCUCUCUACUCCUGGAUGAAAAAUGAAAAUAUUUCAAACAAAAAGCUUCAAUUCCUGGAGAUGUUUCAGUUGAAGGAACUGUCCUAAAGCGGUCUAGAUUUGUUUAUGUAUCCCUGUCAUCCAUGUUGAUAACUGAACUUAUGCGAUUUUUAAUCCAGCUUUGUUUUUUAAGUAAACAAUUCAUUUGGAGAAAUACUACUAAAUAUGCCUUAUGAGUAUCAUAUUUUCAAGAUAAAUUGGUAGAAAGUAUUUCCAAUUGCAAGAGACUGAGGCAAGAUGAUAAUUAUGAGAAAAGUUUGGUGGUUAUCAAUAAGUAUUUGAGAAGACAGAGACAUGAUGACACUUGAUCUAAUUCUCUUUUAUUUCUUUUUGGAGGCCAUUUCAUGGUUAUUGGCCGCCACCAUACAUCAAAGAAAUGUUAUGAAAUGUGUACUUUAAGUAAAGAAACGUACAUAUGUAAAACAUAGGAGUAGGAAGCAUUUGAAAUGUGGGUGUAUAUUUUAAAAAAUCAUUUUUAAAAGGGUGGAUGUCAUUUCCUGUAUUCUGGUGCCUUUUAACACGUGUUUUGAACUGACUACUGUGAGAAAAAUGAUUGGUGCAUUUAGUAAUUACAUCCAGAUGAAGUGUUUGGUCCCAGAUUACAUAUUAGAAGUUAUUAAUAAGCUAAGUAUAGAAAUUGAUUGAUCUAUAUGUCACAGCUGUGACAUAUGGCAAAUUCAGAUUUUUUUGGGUGGUCUAUGCCUUUACAAAUAAAUGACAAUGAAUUUGAGGGUCCAGUGUUGAUUUACAGUUUGAAAGUGAGCAUGGUAGAAGAUGGUUCAUCUGGGAACAGUAUAUUAAGUUAUCAAAUGUUCAAGUAAGUGAUGUUCUCCUGACUUUAUUGGUCAUACAGGACACCUUGACUGUAAUGUUUAACAUUCAAUAUUCCCAUUGACAAAUUAUUCUAAACUGUUAAAUCCCUUUCAUCACUCAUCACAGCAAAGGAUCUCUGCACUGUCCCUGCA